GAUGAUUGCUGCAAAGGGCGACCUCAACUUCCUUCUCGUUGGGAAAACCGGAAGUGGCAAAAGUGCAACCGGAAAUACCAUUUUGGGUGAAAGGAUGUUUGGUACGUCAUCAGGAUUAAAUUCUUUUACGAAAGACGUCACGGGCUUUCGGUCUUUUCACGACGGUCGAGUGCUUACAGUCGUUGAUAGUCCUGGUGUUGUAGACACUGAGCUAAGCCCCACAGAAUAUUUACAAGUAUACUUUGAUCAUAUGAGUAAAGCUAUGCAAGUUGGGGUUUACGGAUACCACGCAAUCCUUGUUGUUGUUCGCUGUGGUUUUCGAUUCACAAUGGAAGAUGAAAUAAACCUUCAUACUCUGAGCAAUUGUUUUGGUGAGGAAUAUUUCAAAAGGUAUGGGGUUAUCGUGGCAACAUUCGGAGACAUGUAUUAUCCUGAAGACAAUAACGGCCAAUCAUUCUCAGAUUGGAUACAUACACAAGGAGUUCUUGAGAAAAUUAAGAAUAAAUUCGGCGGUCGUGUUGUUUUGUUCAAUAACAAAAUUAAAGAUGAGUCAAAGAGAAAGGCCCAAGUUGACCAUUUGAUACACAUUGUUGACCAACUCAUUGUCCUGAAUUCCCAGUACACUCGUGAGCACUUCCAUUUAGCACGAUUUCAACGUGACAGAUGUUUAGUGGAGUCCAAACUUCCUGGGAUCGAGUUGGAGGUCAAGAAAGAGAUUGAUCUUGUUAUCCAUAAGCUAACCGAUAUUAAGUCACAUCACCCGACGACACAGCUGAGUCAAUUACCUGACCUUAAAACCAUCUUAGCUAAUCUGUUGACAAAGUUAAAGGAGCGAGACAUGAACACAGGUGUGCUAAAUACCGUUAUGGCUGGAAUCCGGGACAUUGAUGAGCACAUUGAACGGGAAAUCGACUCUUUAAAGAGACAACUGCAAGGAAAUGAGUUGUAGCAACACAGAAGCGGUGGGCUGAUAAGCAGUGUGAUUGAGUCUGCGAAAUCUGUACUGUCAUGGCUGUUUAACUUAGUAAAACGUUACGUGUUUUGGAUGGAACCAGAUGAAUGGGAUCGACCCAGGCUAAACUAAGUAACAAGUCUCUGUAAGAAUGAAGAUUACAUGUGGAUAAUUACACACCAAUACCAUUUUAUUUUGAUCACUUCCGUCAUUGUGUUUUCUUUUCUUUUAACUUCAAAGAAAUGAAAAAAAAAAUAUAUUAUUUAUUAAAC